GAAAAAGGUAGUCUUUGAGGUUUGAGACACUGUUGAAGUUCUCCGGGGUUUUAGUCAGUAGCAGCCUCUUGGAGUUGGGAGACAGUGAAGUUCCCAAAAGGCGCAUGAAGAUUAUUUCAUCUGUUUCUUGUAAUCCCUUUUUUUCCUGGACUGAGCUUUCAUCCAGGAGAUGACACAAAGUUCACCAUUUUCUAAUUCAUAUGUCUAAAACCCUUCUCUCCCGCAUUAAACCCCUCCACAGCCCAAAACCAAAACCCCCUUCUCCUUCCAACUUCCCAUUAACACGCCGCAUCAAGGAACUCGUUAAUGAGGUCUGUGAAAUCCUGCAUACCCAAGAACAAUGGGAACACACUGUCGAAAUUCGUCUUUCGCAGGAAGAAAUUGUUCCUUCCGACAUUGCACACCUUGUGUUUGACAAACUCAAGGAUGCUCAUGUGGGUCUCAAGUUCUUUGAUUGGGUCUCUCAAAGACCCUACGGUUGUCCCCUUGAUCGUUUUGCUUGUUCUUCUCUUUUGAAACUCUUGGCUAAGUUUAGAGUGUUUCCUGAAAUUGAAAGUUUGCUGUCCAACUUGACUACUUGUGAAGAUAAGUUUCCUACUCUUGAAGCGUUGGAUGCUGUAAUUAAAGCUUAUUCUGAUUCUAAGUUGGUUGACAAAGCUGUUGAAUUGUAUUAUUUUGUAUUGAAAACCUAUGAUUUGGUUCCACAUGUAGUUACUGUUAAUUCUUUACUUCAUGGUCUUGUAAAACAUGGUAAGAUUAAAGCUGCUAGGAGACUUUAUGAUGAGCUAGUUGAGAGAAGUGGCAGUGUUGAGGAUAAUUUUUUGGAUAAUUUUAGCACUUGUAUUAUUGUCACAGGUUUGAGUAAAGAGGGGAAUGUUAAAGAAGGCAGGAAAUUGAUUGAGGAUAGGUGGGGUAAAGGUUGUGUACCAAAUGUUGUUUUUUACAAUACAUUGAUUGAUGGCUACUGCAAGAAGGGUGACAUUAGAAGUGCAUAUGGACUUUUCAAUGAGUUGAAAUUGAAGAGCUUCUUACCCACAGUGGAGACUUAUGGGACACUGAUAAAUGGGUUUUGUAAAAAUGGGCAUUUUGAGAAAGUUGAAAUGCUUGCGCAGGAGAUGGUUGAGAGGGGUGUGAUUGUCAAUGCCCGAGUGUAUAACACGAUCAUUGAUGCUAGGUGUAGGCAUGGUUUUACUGUGGAAGCAAUAGACACGGUAAGAAAAAUGGUUGAAGCUGGCAGUAAGCCAGAUAUCGUGACAUAUAAUAUAUUGAUCUCUUAUUCAUGCAAGGAUGAGAAAAUUCAGGAAGCUGAAAAGUUUCUAGAGCAGGUUAAGAAUAUGGGGUUGGUGCCCACCAAGUUUACUUAUACUCCUAUGAUACAUGCCUACUGCAAAUUUGGUGAUUUUGAAAGGGCGUUAAGUUUGCUUGCUGAGAUGACGGAGUAUGGUGAUACGCCUGAUGUGUCAACUUAUGGAGCUCUGGUCCAUGGAUUGGUGGUCUCUGGUGAAGUUGAUGUCGCAUUACUCAUUCGAGACAAAAUGAUUGAAAGGGGAGCAUCACCUGAUGCUGGCAUUUAUAAUGUUUUGAUGAGUGGGCUCUGCAAAAAAUUGAAGCUUCCAGCUGCUAGGCAGCUCCUUGAUGAGAUGCUUGGCCAUGGUAUAUUACCUGAUGUUUAUGUUUAUGCUACUUUAGUAGAUGGAUGUGUAAGAAAUGGCGAAUUUCAGGAAGCGAAGAAGCUAUUUAGGCAGACUAUUGAGAUGGGUAUGGAUCCUGGGCUUGUAGGGUACAAUGCCAUGAUCAAGGGAUACUGUAAGUUUGGACUGAUGAAAGAUGCAGUUGCUUGCAUCAGUAGAAUGAAAAAGUCAAAAAUAUGUCCAGAUGCCUUUACUUAUUCAACAGUAAUUGAUGGAUAUGUAAAGCAACAUGAUUUGCGCCGAGCAUUAACGAUACUCCCCCACAUGGUAAAGUGCAACUGUAUGCCAAAUGUGGUAACACACAGCUCUCUAAUUUAUGGCUUUUGUCAGAAUGGAGAUCUUGUGGGAGCUGAAAAUUUAUUCAAGGGAAUGCAAUCAAAUGGUAUGAUGCCUAAUGUUAUAACUUAUAGUAUACUAAUUGGUAGCUUUUGUAAAGUGGGAAAACUUGCAAAAGCAGCUUCUAUUUUUGAACAAAUGCUCAUGCACAAGUGCUAUCCAACUGAUGUCACGUUCAAUUAUUUGGUUAACGGGUUUUCCCAUUGCUCGCCUACUAUCUUCUCAAAGGAGAGAAAUGAUCCUCAGGAUGAGAAGAACUCUAAGUUUAUGGCAUCUUUUAAAAGAAUGAUAUCAGAUGGUUGGCACCCGAGAAAUGCUGCAUACAAUUCCAUUAUCACCUGCCUCUGUUUACAUACAAUGCUCAAAACUGCAUUGCAACUACAUGACAAGAUGAUUAGUAAAGGCUACACUACAGAUUCAGUUACCUUUGCUGCCUUAUUGCAUGGAAUUUGCUUGGUUGGAAAAUCCAAGGAAUGGAAAAAUAUUAUUUCCUGUAGCUUAAGUGUGACAGAGCUAUCUGUUGCUUUAAAGUAUUCCUUGAUAUUUGACCAGUACCUGAGUCAUGGAUUUGACUCUGAGGCUUCAGUGAUUUUGAAUACCUUGGUUAAAGACCAUGCUUCGUAAUCAAGAUGAAACUGAUGUUAAGUUUUUGAUAAAGCUUUGACUGGCAGAAGACUGAAGAUUGAUUGUGUUGCAGCCAGCUGACAUCCAGUUUUUGGUGCAAUUCUGCUACAGCUCCUCUAGUUUUUUUCUCUUUUGGUGGCAGUGCAACUAAAACCAGGGUGGGCAAACUUGCCUUUUUCCUGUCACGGAUUCUUGAUUACAUAGCAAGAAUAUAAAAACGCCAUUGGUAUCAAUUUAUCUGGUUUCAUGCAGGUAAUUUUCAUUGGAAAAUGAAUAUAUCAGAUGCUAAAAAGUUUUGACUCUAAGAAGAAUUGACAACUUAAUCUUGACCAUAACUGAUAAAGAGGCCACAGCAGGUGAGUGGUCAAGGAGGUAUGGAGGUCAGGUGUUGUUAGAUCUUUUGGUCAGGAGGCCCAUCCAAGAUUCCGAAUGGAAUGGGAUGUGCAAUUUGAUUCAGGUGCAAUUCAGAGAGGACAGAGAUUUGGGCAGGCUGGUCCUUAAAAUCGUAUUACAAUCACUUAUCUAGGAGAGGUGACUUCAGACCCAUAUGGAAGCUGGUAUGGAAGACUAAGGCAGCGAAAAGUAAGUUUUACACUCUUGUUAGUUGGCGGUGUUUGUACAAAGGAUCCGGGCUGAUUUUGAUCACUUGUUACUACAUUGCAAUUUCAUUGGAGUUGUCGUCUUACUCCAUUUGAACUGUUAUGGGAUCUACCUAGGACAGUGUUGGAUGUCAUGGCAAGUUGGAGAAUGAGAAGGCUGGAUGCUUAAAAGGAAUCUGUGCAAGACCGGCACAUUUUGUGCAUUUUUCAGUUGAUUUUGAGAGAAAUAUAGUUCUAGAAUUUUGGAGGGUUACUAUUAUGGAAAUUAGAACUCUUUUGUUUGGUUAUACUUUUUCGGUGCAAAAGGUUCUAAAUUGGAAAAAUGAUUGAAUAUAAACCCAUUACAUACAUUUGUAAGGUGAACCCGAUUCUUGAUUUGCUAUUGAUGAAAUUCUUUGAUUUAUAUAAAAAAGAAAAGUGAAAAUUAUAGUACG